GUGUACACCCCUGUUUUCUGUAUUAUCUCAUCCGGUGUAACUCUAAUAUUCUAGUGUCACAACUAAGGUAAACUUCGCUAUGACUGGUGAUACACUCAAGCAGAUCCUCGCGGUAAGCUUCAAGGUACAUACUCGCAGUAAACUCGGGUAGAUUCUAAAGUGUAUUUCCCAAUGCCUUGCCUGCUCUAUAGCUGGUCGUGAUCAGGACCAUGUGUUAGCUCUGGAAGCUAGGAGUGACUCGUUUCGCUUGACUGGAACUGUUUUAUAGGAACCCAAUAGUUUAAUAUAUAUAAACCAGUAAUUACAGGUAGCAUUACAGGUAACUUCACAUCUGUAAUAGGUGUGAACUGUGGCGGGGUAGACAUAUAAGGUGACGGGGUAUAGACUGGCCAGCUUUAACACUGGAUGUGUCGUACUACAGAGGAAAACAUGACCAGUAAUCCUUUGUCGUAGUGGGUUAAUGCUGUGCAGUUCUAGUUCCGACUGGAUUAAUACCAACAUGUUCCAAACAUGGGAAUGGAUGACCAGACAUCAGGCCACAACAGAAAUAUCUUCAUAUUAGCAGAUUGAAGACAAUGAGAUGCAAGGUACAAGGUGACCAGAAGAACCAUAGUUGAGCGAGGACAGAUUAUAACGACUUAAAAAAAUGCAGCCAGUAGGAAGAUAUGAACAAACAAAUGCCAGAAUGGCACGUUAUCGUCAAUCCCAUAAUUCCUAUGAAGAGGAAGAUCCCAACAGUCCACGAUCCAUGAACAGCGAGCUAUUUCAGGAUCUGGAUGUUCAUAUCACCCAUCUUGAUUCUGUGUCACAAAACAACUUGGGUUUUAAUUUUCAAGAAACAGAGCAAGUGCAUCACCAUUACAUACAAAACAAGGCAUUUCAGGACACAGAAGAAGUGCGCCGACAUUACAUACAGAACAACAGUAAUGGCAAUAACAAGAGUCCACGUGGAGCGAAAUUUCGCACGGAGUCGUCAUCUGCCAAGGCUAAACUUGCCAAGAUCAUCACAGUGCCAGGGGCUGAAGAUCCAAACCAUUUAAAGUACCAACCUUCUACUCCGAAGACUGGUGAAAAUCAUAAAGGAGGACAAUCCAUCAAGGGCCCUGUUCAAGGUAUACCGGUACCCCAGGGGACCGUAAGGGGAGUACCAGUAUCCCCGAGGACAAUGAAGGCUGUUCCUCACUCCCAUGGGACAGUGCAAGCAAGUGCCACCUAUCCAGGAAGUAUGCGUGGUUAUCCAAAGACCAAUGGUCAUUUAACGCAGAGCCGACGCAGAACCCCCAGUGCCGAGACCAAGACUGGUUCUAUAGCAUUUCGCAGACAACGGCCAGAACGAAAAGAAUAUUAUGUCACACAAUUCGACAUAGAAUUUGACAAACAUGAACGCCACCGAUUUCUACCAGGAGAGGAGCUCACUGGGAAGAUAAUAUUUGACGUAAGUAACGAAAUGGACAUUCGUUUUAUUGAACUAUUGAUAAUUGGCCAGACCACAGCAACUCUUGUACAGCCGGAGUCUGGUGUAUCGACCACAAAACGAGACGUGUUUCUUAGUAAACGCUCUUACAUCAUUGGUUCCCCUGACGGACGUUGGACAUCACUCGUCACCCCGGGACACUAUGUCUCCAAUUUCCGUUUACAGUUGCCUGAAGGCAUCCCCACAUCCAUCACUUAUCAGGACAAAAUCAACGGCUUCAACAUGGAAACCACGUACCUUGUGAAAGCCCGGAUUUGUGAUGAUGUAGGGUCGUCAUCCUCAGCACGAAGUACACACUCCAUGAACAAUUUUGUCAAAGUGUUGGUAUCACGCAAACAAGUGUUCCAUGUAAAAAGACCUUUUGACAUUCAUUCUGUUCCUAUGGCGAUGACGCCUGUGAACCAUGUUGAAGAUGUUCCCAUAACAUGCUCUGUGUUCUCGGUUAAGGAACCUGCAAACAUUCACAUGUCUCUGGAUCGGUCCUGCUUUCUUGCCGGUGACGACAUAAAAAUCCACCUCGAGACCGAAAACCGCUAUGCAAAUAGAAUUAAAAAGAUUACAUGUGUUCUGAGGCAGACAGUUACUGUCAAAGGAGUCCGCUCCAAAGCCCAAUUCAACAUCGCCAAUGUUGAAGAGAAAUAUCCGGAGGGCACCAUCACAAAGACAAACAAGAGUAACAUCAUUUUCUAUGACAUCCAUCUCCCAACCCACACAAACUUUUUACCUAGUGUCAUGCCUGGAUGUCGUCUCGCAACAAUUCGCUACAGCCUCAUUAUGGGUGUCAGUUUCAAGACAUGUGGCGGAAAGCUCGUGCUGGACAUCCCGAUAAAUCUCGGCCCUUGUACUGAUCCUGUACGCCUAGACAAGACUAAUUCGGUCCCCUUCUUCAAUCGGCCACUUCGGUUCCCAUACUUCUCCCCACAUUCGAAUGGGACUGCCAAUGGAGACGUACCCCAAGUCCUGAAGAGCCCCAAGUCAGGGCCACCAAUAACAUCCAAGUUCUCAUACGGAGCAUGUUCUAGCCGAUUCUGCUGUUGUUGGGGAGACAACACAUUGAUAUGAAUUUCUUCAAUAAACAUGAAAUCAAUUUUUAAUUAUCACGAACCUUACCUGGAUUAGUGUUUCGUUUUUCAAGAUUUUAUUCAAGGGAUCACCAAAGUAUCAAUCAAGCUUUCAAAGUCUGCUUAAAUAUUUUAUAAAUUUUCACAAAAUGUCUUUUUUGGAAAGAAUACAUUGCAUUGCAUUUGAUGUA